UCCAUUUAUUUCAAACAAAAUAGCACAGCACAAGAGAAAAAAGUAGGGACCCCAGAAUCAUUUUGACUCAGAAUUCCAAUGUAACCUUCCUGUUCUUCAGGCAUAGCCAUCAUUUCCCACUCUCACACUACAGAAGUGAGAGAGAGAGAGAGAGAGGAGAGAGAAGCACAUGGAUAUGAAGUGGAGGGUCGCCAGUGAGAGAGCGAAAGAAGGGGGAAAAAGAACCGAAGCCACGAACGUGAUGAAGAGGUUAUUUGAAGAGGAGAGAUAUAUGAGGAAUAAUUGUGGUCUACAUCACAUUCUUUCCUACCUUUGCUCUUUUUUGCCACCAACCCAUUUUCUUUCUUCUCUUGAAUCAUAUGGAUGUGCUUGGUACAGCAUAGCUGUAAGGGUAGCUAUGGAAUUGGGAGUAUUGGAUGCAAACUACCCUUCAAAGCCUAAAUCAAAACUUAGAAACUCUUGAGAAACUGAUUAGUUUUAUAGCAGAUGGUUUUGCAUCAUUUUCAAUAUCGCGUCAUCCGAAUAACUAACUGCCAUCACAGAGAAUCUUGGAUACCUUCUUCCUCUUCCCUUGGCUUCUGGCUAGAAAUCAGCAGCAAAUACAUUCUUAUGUAGAAGCCAUUUUCAUCAGUUGAAGAAGAAAUUAAGCAGCAGCACCACCAAGUUAUCAGAAGAGGUAUGAGUGAGAUUGGGAGUGAAAGAUCAAAGUCAUGGAACAUUUACACAACUCCAGACCAGAGCCCAUCAGCUCAAACAGACUUUGGUCAGGAAGCUCCUUGGAAGAACUUUGGAUCCUCCAUGAAUGCCAUUUCCUUUGGCUUUGUUGCCACUGCAAUCUUGAUAUCAAUGUUCCUUAUCAUGGCCAUCUUUGAGCAUCUGUUCAGACCAACUUCUCCUCUCUCCUCCUCCUCUGAUGAAGUCACCAACAACUCUGCUGGCUCGGGUCCGGCCGAAAAAUUCGCUUGUCCGAAUAUGGUGUCAAGAUCAUAUGCAUCUGAUUUCUCAGUGUUGAUGCCAGGUCAGCACAUCCCCACUUUCAUUGCCCAGCCAGCUCCUCUGCCAGUGCCAUGCCAAAGAGAGGGGAUCUAUUGGCCUUCUCAUGACCAUAAUUUUUCAGGUCCUUAAAAAACAAUAUGAUAUUGCCUCCAUUAAAGCAGCUGCAGCAUUUUAGGAAUCCUCUCAGCUUUGCUUCUUCUCAGAAUAAUAAUACUUGUGAUUCUUCACCCACAGGGAAAUUUUCACAAAUGCUGAUAUGUUUCAUCAGUUUCUGAUCUGUAAAUUGAUUGUCAAAGAAGUUAUAUUACAAGUAAUGAAAAAAAAAAUGAAUAAGUAGAUAUCAU